GCCGUUCUCCUACCCAUAAAUACGUUCGCGAGCGUCAAGCUUGCUCUUUACUCUCUUCAUUCUCUCUUUUGCUCCGUCAGCUCACUGAGUCACUGACACUCAUUACGCUCGCCCUUGUCGAUCCUUGAGUAUCUCCGCACCUGUUUCGUUCGUUGCAAGAACAGCUCGAUUAUUUAUUUUCUGCCCCUGGUUUUUGUGUUUUUUGCUUCCACUCUCGUUCUCACGCCCCCGAUCCCGUUUCUCUAGCUUUUGAAUCGACCCUCGGUUCCUCCUGCGACCAUGAAAGCCUUCGGCUACUUGCUAGCUGGGGCGGCUUUGCUCCCAGACUUCGUUCUCGGUAGCCUUAGUCCCGCUCCGCAUGCCAAUCUGCCUAAUGGUUGGAGGUAUAAGGGAUGUUAUGCCGACAAACCUUUCGAUCAUCAAGCCGCAGACCAUCCCAACCUCGCUGCCAGGGGUGCCGCCGCCAUCUAUCGUCGUGCCUUGGGCGGAUAUUUCUAUCAAACGAGACUGAAUGGCGGAUCCCAUUGCAUCAGUCAGUGUACUGCGAUGGGAUACAAGUAUGCCGCUACCAAUGACAACCAGUGCUGGUGCGACAAUGCCAUCGCCUCCAACGGCACCAGUACCACCGCCCCUGCAUAUGGUGUACCGGAUCCGGACAACACUUUGUGCCAAACUCCCUGCAGAGGCAAUAAACGUGAGGCCUGCGGUAACUAUCCUUCGGGCAGCAACAACACUCAUCGUCUGUCGCUUUACGAAUACUUUAUCAAAAAUUUGUACUUUCGUUUUCUUUUCUACUACCGGAAUACGACUCGAAACUACGACACGGUGGGGGAGGAAAGGUGUAUGGAAUACCAUGGGGUGGAGGCCAAUGGUGAAGGGGCAAGAGGAGGAAAUGUUCCCGCUGCGCUAGAUGGUCUGUGGGAAAGAAUAGUACUGAGUUCACAACUUACUCCUCGCAAAGAUGAGGUUGCUAAGUGGGACAGCACAGUAAAACCAUCAGAGAUUCAAAUGAACGUUAAUUUGUCUAAAAAUUGGCAAAUAUGGGCAGGAGUGAGACAUUAG